GUGGGGACGGCUGUCCCGAGCGGCGGCGGCCGCUCCCUCAGGCAGGGCUGAGCGCGGGUCCGGCUGCGGAGGUGGCCGUGCUGCGGCGGGGUGAGGAUGCGCUGCCGCUCCCCUGACCGGGGGCGAAGCGGGUGUUUGGGGCAUGGCCGCAUUUCGUUGUGCCGGCUCUGCGGGGCUGGGUCUGAGGUGCUCGGUGUCAGGGCAGAAGGCGGGCCAGGCCCCGCUCGCCGGCUCGUGUGCUGCUGUGUUACACGGCUCCUUUUGUGCCUGCUCUCUGUCGCGAACGUGUGUGGUUGAGAGCGUCCUGGGGCUCCUCGGCACGGCCGGGGUGGCUGGUGUGCCAAAGCUGCUCUCCUUCCUCCGCCCGUGCCCGGUGGCCGCCGUGAGGGCUCGGCAGCAGCUGGCACAUCGCGGCUCUCCCGAGCCCUCAGCCGGCGGCUCCCGCACGAACACAGCCGUGCCUCCCGAGCGGUACCUCUGUCCAUGCUUCUGUCAAAGAACUGCUGCCAUUGCUUCAUUAAAUGCAGGAUCUUUGAUGACGACAAAGCUUUCACAGCCACAGUCUACGCUGGCAAAAAGCCUCACUUCAACAAGUACAAAUGCUCCCUAUUUGAAAGCAUUAGUCUUGAGUCUGAAAGUUCUUGAACUGGGUCUUAGAAACCUGUACAUGACUUCACAGUGGAUGGUGGAAGUUCGUGAAAGACUUCAGCAUCCUGCAAGAACUUGCUCCCUGCCCACCCUUGGUACAGCUUUAAAACUGCAGGGUAUAAAUAAGCUUGUGUUGUAUAUUAUUAUUUACAGUUGUUUCUCAGUUAGUGACAAACCUUUGAGACUCCUUUUGGAAAAAUAUAAUAUCUUCUUCCUUGUCAUUUUCUUCCUUAUAAUAUUGCAUCAAUGUUUUAAUACUUUCCAAUAUUUAGGUAACCGUGUCUUUCCUAAGAUGCUCUAUUGCAACUGGACUGGAGGUUAUAAGUGGUCUACUGCCUUGGCACUAAGCAUCACCCUUGGUGGAUUUGGUGCCGAUCGUUUCUAUUUGGGUCAGUGGCGGGGAGGUCUGGGAAAGCUCUUCAGCUUCGGUGGACUUGGAAUAUGGACACUAAUUGAUGUGCUGCUAAUAGGUGUUGGCUAUGUGGGACCUGCAGAUGGAUCUCUCUAUAUUUAAGUGUGGGUGCAAUGUGUUUCAGAGAGGAGUCAUUGCCUGCAAAGGGCUCUAAAUAAACAAGUGUGGAGUUUUGAGCCUUUAAGGUAGAAUGAAGAACAACUGUUUCUUCUGUGUGCAUACAUUUUAAUGUACAGUAUCUGUACUUGGUUUGCCUUUAACUAAGGUCAAAUAAAAGAGUGGAUCACUGA